CAAGUGGUGUGGAACAUGGUAACUGCCACAGAAGAAGAUACCGGGAAGGAUGAUUGUGUGCGCCCUCGAGGGACAGGGCUGGGGCUCAGGCACUGUCAAUGCGUCAUGCUUUUCCUGGGCUAUGCAAUUGCCUAUACAAACAGAACCUCUCUCUCCCUGGUAGUCGUCGGAAUUCAAGAAGAGGAAAAGAGAUUUCAGAAGGCCGUGUUGACUCCAGGUCAAAUUGGCAUGAUGCUGAGUUCCUUCAUGUGGGGCUAUGCAGUGGCUCAGGUCCCGUUAGCUCACUUGGUGAGGAUAUGGAGCGCCAAAAAGGUUUUAGGAAUUGGUCUACUGAUAAAUGGACUUAUCAGUAUUUCAACUCCAAUUAUCUUUGAUGAAGGUGGCUGGAUGUAUCUAUGUGCAAGCAGAGUUGUCAUGGGCCUCUGUCAGGCCUGUCUCCCAUCCUGCUGCCACACUGUUUUAUCUAAAUGGGUACCUCUCACCGAACGUGGACGCCUGAGUUCUGCGACCUUAUCUGGAUCAGAACUGGGGGCGAUAGUUUCACUGCCAAUAACUGGGGCUCUGAUUGACGCCGCUGGAUGGAGAAGUCCAUCUUACGUCUUUGGUGCUGCUGCUCUCAUUUGGUCAGCCAUCUUCUUCCUCAUUGGGUCAGAUUCACCAGCUACAGCUUCUGGAAAGUCCUGUUGCGGGAUCAGUGACGCUGAGAAAAAGUAUAUCGAGAGCAGUCUUGGAGUUUCGGAGGGGGGAACAGCGGCCGUUGGCAAAAAGAGUUCGAAGACACCUUGGCUGGCCAUAUUAACGAGCCCACCAUUCUGGGCACUUCUUAUCGCGCAUUGUGGACAGAAGUGGGGGUAUUACAUGCUACUCACUGAAAUACCGAUUUACAUGGAUGGUGCUCUCGGAUUCAAUAUCAAAGAGAAUGGAGUGAAAUCAGCGAUUCCAUACAUAGUGCUGUUACUCCUGACGUUUCUUACGAGUUGUCUGUCAGACUGGGGUGAGAAGAAAGGAGUAUCACGAGGAUUAUUACGCAAAUUGUGCAAUACUGUCGGCCACUGGGGACCAGCACUGGCACUUGUUGGCCUUUGCUUCGUAUCACCAGGGGAUACGACCCUAUCAGUUGUACUGUUGGUUGUCGCUGUUGGAAUGAACGCCGGGGCUAUGUGUGGAUUCCAAAUAAAUCAUCUGGAUCUGAGUCUUGAAUAUGCUGGACUACUUAUGUCAAUCACCAAUGGUAUGGGAUCAGCUGUCGGGUUAUUGUCGCCUCUGGUUGUUGGACUGAUUGUCACUGAUUCGAAACGUACAGACCAGUGGCAGACGGUGUUCCUCAUGACAGCAGGAAUUUAUUUCGUGGGCAAUUUGAUAUUCAUUACGCUUGGAAGUGGUAAGACUCAAUGGUGGGAUAAUAGUGAAGAUUCUGACGAGUGUGAUAAGAAAGAGUCUUGGAGGCCCCGAAAAUCGUCCAUUGCUGUUAGUGAUGCUAAGGUACCUUAGGACUACUUUUUUUAAUUAAUGAACGUAAGUGAGAAAGACUGCUGAAACUUCAAAGUGCAAAAAAGUAACUUUCUGUAAUGGAAAAGUGAGGUGAUUUAUGUAAUUUAGUAUUAUUCAUUGUAGGCAGUGCACCAAGAAGAUUUCAAUGUAUAAUGAAGAUAAAGUCACUGUUAAUUAUAAUGAUUAUAGAGAA